AUGGCGGCCAGAGGUUCUCUUAUCCCAUGGGUCACUGCGGUGCUGGGGCUAGUGCUCAUGCGCAUCAGCGUCCAGGCACAGGACAAUAACAACGAAUGGAUCAUCAAUGGGCUCAGAGACUUACCAGUACAGCCAGUUGCCUUCUGGCCGCUCAACAAAGACUACGAGGGAAGGGACGUCAGCGGAAACGGAAAUGACGCAGUCCUCAUGGAAAACGUCGUCCUGGACCAAGGCCCUCUGGGACAAGAUGGCGGCUCCUACUUCUUCCAGGGCAGCCUGAGUUCUUACGUAGAGUUCCCAAACAACGGGAAGCUGGACACCAAAUACUCCAUCACCAUCGUAGCAGCGGUCUAUCCUCUAGCCGCCGCAGCAGGGCCCAUCCUGUCAUAUGUUUCACCAGGUCGCCUGGGGGUGAUGCUGUGGCCCUACACGGACGGUACGGGCACCAACCUGAUGUUCCUUCCGCAGAAGGACACAGAGUACUCCUCACCUAACCACUCCCAACAGGGGCUGGAACUCAACGAAUGGAACCUCGUGGCCGCCUCUUACGAAUACAGCACAGGCGCAGUGACCAUGUGGGUGAACGGUCGACAGGUCUACUCCGGGACCUUCACGUACCCCGGUAACCUGGCCACCUACGGGCGCCGUCUGCGCGCGGGGCAUAACGGGAACGCGGCCACCACGUUCCAGGGUAGACUGGCGUGCCUGCAGGUGUACGACCAGGCGCUGUGGCGGGAAGCCAUCCAGGCCGCCAUAGAUGCCUGCCCCUACCAUGAUCCUCCCGUAGCGAUGGUGAGGAAGUUCGGGGACAAGUGUUACGGUCUCUCCGCGCCGGCUGCCAUCAAGAACCACAGCGAGGCCUCGGCAACCUGCAAAGCCAUGGGCGGCAGCCUUGUAAAGGUUUCAGACGACAAUGAGCACAACAUCCUGAAGACCUUCAUCAAGGAGAGAAAUGACGUGACACACUGGAUCGGUGUAGCCGUCUCCACCGGACCCUGGUCUCCUGCCUACGAAGAUGGGACAAAAGUGAACGGCCAGUGGCAGCCGUGGGCGGGCGAGAAGGCGGAAGAGCUGUGCGUGUCCAUGGACAAGGAGAUGGGGUGUGACUGGGCGCCGUAUCCCUGUUACUGCAAGCAGGCCUUCGUCUGCGCAUCAGAUUAUUACGAAGCCGAAUCGCCUGACGACAAGUGCAGUAACUGUGUGAACGGCGCCACCUGUAAGGGUUGUUUCAACUCCCUCAUCACCACGUGCGACUGUCUGCCGGGGUUUGCGGGAGAAAGGUGUGAGAUCGAUAUAGACGAGUGUGACUCGAAUCCGUGCCAGAAUAACGGGCUGUGUGUGGACGGGGCGAACUCAUACGGCUGCCAGUGCACUCGGGGGUACACUGGACUAAACUGCGAAAUCGAAAUAGACGAGUGCGAGUCGUCGCCGUGUCAGAACGGCGGGUCGUGUAUCGACCAUAUCGGCUGGUACAGCUGCAGGUGCACGCCGGGAUUCCUGGGCAGCGACUGUGAGAUAAACAUAGACGAGUGUGCGUCCAGACCGUGCGGGAACGGAGGGGAGUGUAUAGAUGGGCUGAACACCUUCACCUGCAACUGCACACUGGCCUUCACCGGGCUACAGUGCGAAAGCGCUGUUGACCUGUGCACGAAGUACGACAUCGUCUGCCCCAAACCGUUCUACUGUGUCAACCAGGCCGGGGCCUUCGUCUGCAAGUUUCCGGGCAACGGAUACUACCAAGGUCGCAGGAAGAGAAGUGUUCUGCCGUUUGGCGAGUGCAGCAGCGCCUCCUGUCCUAAAGGAUGGAACUGCACAAAUGCGGACGAUGGCUACAAAUGCAUUCCACCGGAGUAACAUGCACCUAGCAUUCUUCGGAAAUGUGACAUCGAGCAAAUCAUUCAACAAUUGUAUAGAUAAUGGCCUUAGCUUCUUUUACUAUCAUGUGGCCAGAAAAUAAUACCGACACUGCCAGCAUUAUUGUUUUUCUUGCAUAUAACAUACUUCUAGUGAAUAAUGCUUGAAAUUCAUUUAAAUGAUCACAGAGAUACAAGACUUGGUGGUUGAAUGGUAUUGCAUCCAGUACCAUGCCUACCUUGCAUGGAUGUGGAUAGUCUCAACGUUAGCUGUAUUGACAACGUGUGUAAUUGGUGUUGUUUUUAUGGAAUGUAGAAUAAGAUUGACAUUAUAAGAUUAUGUGUAACAUGUACAGAAAGGUUAGAUUUUGCACAAAUUGUAUCUGAAUGUUUUAGAGAGAUUCUGACAAAUAUCUUGGUACUAUCGCCUCAAAAGAUCUAUAUAAAUGGCUUUAUAAAAUAAGUACUACCUGUUUUAUUCAAAUCCAUGCUUUUUUUAGAGCGUA